AUGACGAAAAUUACUAAUCCUCUUUCCAUCCUUUUCCUCUGCCUUCUAUCACUCUCCUCUUUCUCGAUCUCUGCAGCUCAGACAGACACCGCACGUAAUCGUACUUUUACUCUCACUGCGUAUAAUCCCGACUACCCUUUCCUUAACAAUAUUCCGGUCACUAUUGGCGCUGCAUCGGGUCAAACAACCGUUGGAGUAAGCUUUCCCAAUAACUACGGCUUACAUGCUUUUAUCUGGAAUGGGAAACUUUACCGCCCCUGUGAUACGUCUCCUACCGGCGUCUGCAUAGGCUAUUGGAGUAAGAACUAUGGCGGUAUUUCCGUUGGUUGGACACUUCUGUUCGAUGAUGACGAAACCUAUAACCCUAAUGACCCUUGCUGUUCGGUCGAUGGGACAUGGGGCGUGAGCACAAUCGAUGGCCGAGACUAUCUCACAAAUUACGACACUACUCUGUUCGAAAUGUGCGACGUCGACCCCAAUGGGAGUGGGACAAUGGGAUAUUGGAUUGGGUACGCUGUAACGUCUGAAAGGUGGAAAUGUUUCCCACGCACGACACUUGCGAUUACGUGGGAUUAUUGA